AAUUUACAUGCACAAAUCUCACACAAUCACGUUUAUUUGAGUUUCGCAAGCUCCAGGAGUCUGAAACUCUUUAGCCACAAUGGCUGGAGAAAUUUUAUUUUUCCAGGGAACAAAAACGCAUGUUAUUUUUCUAGCUUUCUGCCUGGUGGCCACCUCUUUAUUAUUGGCGGAGGCUAAAGUUCAUAAUUUGACAUGGGAGGUGAGUUAUCAGUAUAAGUCUCUUGACUGCUACAAGAAACUUGUUAUUGCCACCAAUGGCAAGACUCCAGGGCCUGUGAUUUCUGCAACCGAAGGCGAUACGAUUGUCAUCAAUGUUAAGAAUAAUUUGUUGAUGGAAAAUCUCGCUAUCCAUUGGCAUGGUAUCAGACAGAUUGGAACUCCUUGGAGUGAUGGAACAGAUGAAGUUUCGCAAUGUGGAACAAUGCCUGGUGACACCUUCGUUUACAAAUUCGUUGUCGAUAAGGCGGGCACAUAUAUGUACCAUUCGCAUUACGGAAUGCAGAGACAAGCAGGACUAUAUGGGCUGAUUAAGGUAGCUGUUCCUUCAGGAACCAAAGAGCCCUUCACAUAUUACCGUGAGCAUGGAGUUGUCCUGAGUGAUUGGUACCAUGCAAGCUCUUAUGAGCAAGCCACAGGCCUCACUUCCAUACCCUAUGUUUGGGUUGGGGAGCCUCAGUCACUUCUAAUAAAUGGAAGAGGAAAGUAUGAUUGUGCAAAUCUUAGUGCCAGUGUUUGCAAUGCAACAAAUCCUGAAUGCGCUCCAGCUUCAUUUACAGUUGUCCCUGGAAAAACUUACAGAUUUAGAAUUGCUAGCUUAACUUCUUUAUCAGCUCUUAGUUUCCAAAUAGAGGGACACAACAUGACUGUGGUUGAAGCUGAUGGCAACUACGUGGAGCCAUUUGUGACAGAAAACCUGUACAUUUACUCAGGAGAAACAUACUCAGUUUUAGUCACAGCCAACCAAAGUUCCUCCAGGAAUUACUGGAUCACCACAAACGUUGUCGGCAGAGAGCCCUCCACACCAAUCGGCCAAGCCAUCCUGAACUACUAUCCGAAUCCCAGCCAAAAAUCCCCCGCAACAACUCCACCUUCAGGGCCUCUCUGGAACGACGUAAACGCCCGGAAAAGCCAAAGCCUGGCCGUCAAGGCCCGCCAGGGCUACAUCCAAACCCCCCCGGAUCCUGACAAAGUCAUUGUCCUCCUGAACACUCAAAACAAGGUCGAUGGCUACACCAAAUGGGCCAUCAACAAUGUGUCACACACUCUCCCGGAAACCCCCUACCUUAUCGCCUUGAAGAAAAACUGGCCUGAUGUGUUCGACCAGACACCCGCACCUGAGGGCUACGACUAUGAAAACUAUGACAUUUACAGUGUCCAGAACAACACCAACGCUACAACAAGCUCAUCCAUUUACAGGCUUGAGUUCAACUCCACGGUGGAUGUAAUUUUACAGAAUGCCAAUACGAUGAAUGCAAACAACAGCGAGACACAUCCCUGGCACUUACACGGGCAUGACUUCUGGGUGCUGGGCUUCGGAGAGGGUCAAUAUGACAUCGAAAAUGAUGAUACCAAAUACAAUGUGGAGAAUCCGAUAAUGAAGAACACAGUGCCGUUACAUCCUUACGGGUGGACGGCGUUGAGAUUCCGGGCCAAUAAUCCUGGAAUCUGGCUGUUCCAUUGCCACAUUGAUGCACAUUUUAUGCUGGGAAUGUUGGUGAUGUUUGAGUCAGGAUCCUCAAUGGUCUCGGAUCCGCCUCAACAGAACAUGGGGUGUGGCAAAAUAAGACCUUGAUGCAACCAUAGUUUAAAAAAAAUUAUUGAAUUGUAUGUGACACAUACAAAUGGCUGCAGAAGAAAAAUUAGGUGGGUUUUGCUUCUGAAUUUUAAUAAAUGUUUUGGUGGUUGUUAUGCACAAUAAUGUUGAGAAAUUUGAUUAGGGAAA